UCAGUGAAGCAGAUUUCGCGGUAUAUUUCUCUCUCUAGGCUCUGCAUAUAGACCACCUUCUUCUUCUUCCUCGGCGCGUGCGAACUUCGAGGAAUUAUUGAACAUAUCUCCAGUUCUUGCAGGAAUCCUUCCUACUUUCUUUUUCCCUUUUCAAAUCUCUAAAUUUCAUCAUUCCUGGUUCUUUAUCAGACCGUAGAUGACUGUUUCGUCUCAAUGCAGCAGAUCUGGUUAAUUUGUGAAUUAUAGUAAAAAUUAAAACUUGUUAAAAAGAUGGGGCAUAAUUUUCAAAGGAGUACAAAGAUUCCAGAUGUUAUUGAGAAGAAGAAACAUGUAAGCACAAGAUGUAGAGAAACACAAACUUCAAAAUAUGGAUUUGAUCAAAUCUAUAAAAAGAACCAUGAAGAAAGAGGGAGAAGGGUGCUAUCAUCAUCGUCGAAAGAUGAACUUGUGAAGCAUAUGUCGAAUUUGCCUAGCUAUCUGCAGCGAGACAAUGUUAAGGAUGAUAAGAAGGCUUUGAAUUUUGGUGUUCUUGAUUGGGAUAGGUUAGAGAAAUGGAAGAAAAGUGAAAACUGUAAUCAACUGAAGUGUAAACGAGAUGUUUCUUUGUCGAGAGUGUCGUAUACAUCUACUGUUUCUGCUUCGAUACAGAGUGAGACACGACAAUGCGAAAAGGUUAUCAAAGAUGAGGAUGCUGAUACGAUGAAUAGCUUGGAUUUGAUUAAGAAUUCUCAACGAAUGCUUAUGGUUACUCAAAGAAACAUGGAUAAGAAGAAGAGUUUGUCAGGAGGCAACAAGGGUUCUAGAGAUAUGAAUACGAGAUUUACUACUGCUGGCAAUAGGGAAGGAUCUAAUAAUGAUCAGAAACAGGACUCGGGUGGUGGUCAUAAAAGUAUCGUUCUCUUGUUACCCAAACAUUCUGCCAACCAUAGUUCUGAAUUGAAAGUGGGGAAUCGGAAACAUUAUGCCAAUACAUUUAUCUCUGAAGAGGUUUUUCCGAAGAAACAAAAUUCCAAGUAUCGACAGUCUCCCCUAGUUUCCCGCAGCAAGCUAGAUGGUAGAAGGCACAAUACUUCUUCCACUUGUCAGAAGAUAGUUCCUGAUCAUGAACAUUCAAAUGUAAUGAAAACACCUUCAAAAGAGGAAUCAAAUCAUGUUUAUGAGACUGCUCAUUCAUGUCCAUUACCAGAUGUCUCAAAUGGUGAGGAGUUCAAAGAGGAAUCAACUCCACUUUCAGAACCUGUUUCCGCCAAAAGGAGCCAUGCAUCGCCUAACAGACUAUUCAGCCUCAGCCUUGGCAAGCUUAGUAGAAGUCUGAGUUAUAAGGAGAGUAAAAGCAACGAUCUUUCAGUUAGGUCUGGCCCGAUAGCUUCCGAAAGCAGGACCAGCUGUCAUACUAGAGCAAAGUCCAGUCCUUUAAGGAGGUUACUAGACCCUUUAUUGAAACAUUCAGAUCAGUCCAGCAAGAAUGUUCCGCCAUUGGAAGGUACCUCUAACUCUAGUGAAAUGGUUCUCGAAACGGUUAAAGCUCUUCUGCACGUUAGUUCUCGAAACGGGGCUCCUCUUUUUAAACUCGUUGUGGACAACAGCAGUGAUAUUAUUGUCGCUAUGAAAAGAUUGCCUAAUUCCAUGAAGGAUGAUUGUUCCUGCGUUUAUUCAUUCUAUUCUGUUCAUGAAAUUAAGAAGAAGAAGAGUGGUAUCUGGUUAAAUCAAUGGAAUAAAGAACGGAAUUUUGGGUUUGGUUUUAAUACCAUUGGCCAUAUGAAGAUUUCGAGGUUGGACGAAGAACUUUCAGUGAGGGAGUCAGUGCUGUAUUCUGUCGAUCCGAGCCUGUCAGAUGAAGAAACUCCUGAACUGACUCCGAACAGGGAAGUUGCUGCUGUUAUUACAAAGGAGGAAUUGAGUGAAAAUGAGCUCUUGAACAAGACGACUGUUGUUGUUUCUGCUGGCAGACAUAGCUUGCCGAAUAAAGGAGUUUUGUUACCGUUAGUUGAUAGAUGGAAAAUGUGUGGGAAGUGUGAUUGUGGCGGUUGGGAUGUCGGCUGCCAACUUCGUAUUCUUACGAGCAAGAACGAGGACAGGAGCUCCAAAGUUUAUGGAGAAUCUUUCAACCCUGACCAUCUUAAUCUUUUCCUUCAGGGUGAUAAUACUUGCGAGAUGAAACCAAUCUUCAGCUUGUCAGCAAUGAACAAGGGGGUUUACUCGGUUGAGUUUAGGAAUUCGAUCUCUUUGUUGCAGGCAUUGUUCAUAUCAACUGCUGUCAUAGGUGGUGGUGGUGGUAAAGGAUUAAACGAUUCAUUUGAAGCAAUCAAUGUUUCGAAAGCUAAAGUUGCUGAAGAUUUGUUAUCGUCAAACGAGCUGGAUGGGGCUAAACCGCGAUGGAUGACCCCAGCCAAGUACGUUCCUUCUCCACCGGCAUCUCCUGUAGGAAGAGUUUAGUCGUAUCUGUAUCGUGUUCAUAUGUGUUGUUAUUUAGGUUGUGUGGUCGUGAUUAAAACUUGAUUCACACGGUAUUCCACUUGUCCCAUACACACUUUUCACUCGGGGUCAUAAUGAGAAUCUACGUUUAGUUUUUUUUUUCCA